AUGGCCGAAAAUAAUAACAAUGCUCCUCCUGUGGAAAAGUUCGGCGAUACUGUCAGAUCGGGAGUUGAUCACUCGGGAAAUUUCGCCUAUGCUACGGAUAACAUAAGCAUCCCACCUCACUACAUCAGCUUGGUGAAUGGUGGCACCUUGUUCCAUGGCCGUGAAGACGAAGAGCCCAUAAGCCACCUCAAUGCAUUCUACGAGUUGACCAUGAACCACAGACCUGCGAAUGUGCCACAUGAUAAUAUCAAGAGAGCUCUCUUUCCUUUUUCGUUGAGAGACAAAGCACGAGAGUGGUACGACUCACUUCCAGGGUACAAUGUGGCGACCUUUGAAGAUCUGAAAUCCAAGUUUCUCCUGGAAUAUAAUUCACCAAUGAAGAUCGAGAGAUUGAGGGAUGCCAUCACAUCUUUUCGGCAGCAAGAUGAUGAAUCUUUUGCUGAAGCAUGGAAAAGGUUUACUGAGAUGUUGAGAAAGUGUCCCAGCCAUGGUCUCGCUUCUGGCCGCGAUCUUGUCAAAUUUUACCAAGGCUUAAACAAUGAAAGCAUGGGACUUAUAAAUGCGAGUACUGGUGGAGAUCUUGAUAAUAAGACACAUGAGGAAGUGAGGACCUUGUUUCAAAAACUAGCAGAUAAUCAAAGAAACUGGUACAAUCCAAGGAGAGGGGUUGAGAAGAAGGGAAAUACCUUUGGAGCUUCAGUAGAAUCUGAAAGAAUGACAGCGGUUGAGGCACAACUAGCUAAUAUUAGCACCCAAAUGACAUCGGUGGUUAAAGCAGUAUCUUCCAUGCAGCUAAACCCACAACCUCAAAUUGUUGCAAUGGUUAGAUGUGGACUGUGUCAAGGUAGGCAUCAUACAGAUCAAUGUCAAAUGAUCCAAUCUCAAGAAACAGUUGAAGAUGUGAAUUACAUAGGCAAUAACCGCCAAGGUUUUAGCCAAGAGGAUCAAUUCAAUAACAAUCAUCAGAACUGGAAGCCUCAACAACAAGGGAAUUGGAACCAAGCUGGGUCAAGUAACAAUGGUGGGAACCAAUGGCGAAACAACUCCCAACCCUCUGGUUUUGAUAAGAAACUUUCACUAGAAGAUCAGAUGGGACAGAUAUUCGCUUUCAUGUCAAAGAGUCAAAAAGAGAAUGAUUUCUUCAAAGAGAAAACAAUUGAGAAGUUUGGACAGCUCGGGGCCUCUAUGAGGAAUUUGGAAACACAAAUAGGGCAGCUUGCUACAGCUUCUCAUACAAGAACUCCCGGCACCAUUCCAAGUGAUACAGUGCCCAACCCCAAGAGAAAUUAA